AUGUGUGGGGCUGAGGUAGCUCAUAGGUGUGACCUGCUGAAGGUUUGGGAAGCCUUUGAAGUGAAACAGUGCAUUGCCCAUUGUUUUAAAGCCCCGGAGCGCUGCGAGCCCGGUCGGGGGCGGAGGAAACCGCUGAGGAAAUUCCAAAAGAGUCACUGGGCAUUGCCGGGAGCCCAUCGGAAGCCUGUGUCCCACAGGCGCGCUGUCCCCGCGGGACCCGCCACUCCGUGCCCUUUUCAGGCGCGUUUUGGGGACGUGGUCGUCUUUAAAGCACCGGUGCUAACACUGCCCUUCGCACAGCGCUGUGUCUGCGCUGUCCCCGCGGGCCCCGCCACUCCGUGCCCUUUUCAGGCGCGUUUUGGGGACGUGGUCGUCUUUAAAGCACCGGUGCUAACACUGCCCUUCGCACAGCGCUGUGUCUCCGGGACACAGGAGAAAGCCCUGCCCGUUUUGAUUCACCCCUGGGGGAGGGAGUUUCGGGGCCCAUGGCCGGCCGGCUCUCGGCUGUGCGAGCGGUACCGGUGCGGAGCCCCCCGCCGGGCAGUGCUGGCGGAAGCGCCCGGCAGAGAGCGGCUCCUCCAGCGCCCGCCGCCCCGGCAGCUGGUCUAUGUCUUCACCACCUGGCGCUCGGGCUCGUCCUUCUUCGGGGAGCUCUUCAACCAGAACCCCGAGGUGUUUUUCCUCUACGAGCCGGUGUGGCACGUCUGGCAGAAGCUGUACCCCGGUGACGCCGUCUCGCUGCAAGGGGCGGCCCGCGACAUGCUGAGCUCCCUGUACCGAUGCGACCUCUCCGUCUUCCAGCUCUACAGCACGGCGGGCUCCGGCAAGAACCUCACCACGCUCGGCAUCUUCGGGGCGGCCACCAACAAGGUCAUCUGCUCCUCGCCCCUCUGCCCGGCCUAUCGCAAGGAGGUGGUGGGCAUGGUGGACGACCGGGUCUGCAAAAAGUGUCCCCCGCAGCGCCUCAGCCGCUUCCAGGAGGAAUGCCACAAGUAUCGCACGCUGGUCAUCAAGGGCGUACGUGUCUUUGACCUGGCCGUUCUCGCCCCGCUCAUGCGGGACCCGACCCUGGACCUCAAAGUCAUCCACCUGGUGCGGGACCCCCGGGCCGUGGCCAGCUCCCGCAUCAAGUCCCGGCACGGGCUCAUCCGGGAGAGCCUGCAGGUGGUGAGGAGCCGGGACCCCCACAUCCACCGCAUGCCCUUCCUUGAUGCUGGCCACAAGCUGGGCGGGAAGAAGGAGGGAGGGGGCGGCUCGGACUACCAUGCGCUGGGUGCCAUGGAAGUCAUCUGCAGCAGCAUGGCCAAGACUCUGCAGACUGCCCUGCACCCCCCGGACUGGCUCCAGGGCAAUUACAUGGCCGUGCGCUACGAGGACCUGGUGGUGGAGCCCAUCAAGACCCUGCGGCAGGUGUACGGCUUCGUGAACCUGGCGGUCAGCCCGGACAUGGAGAAGUUCGCCCUCAACAUGACCAGCGGCCCCGGCUACUCGUCCAAGCCGUUCGUGGUGUCGGCCCGGAACGCCAGCCAGGCGCUGAGCGCCUGGAGGACUGCGCUCAGCUACCAGCAGAUCAAGCAGGUGGAGGAGUACUGCCAGCAGCCCAUGGCCCUGCUGGGCUACGAGCGGGUGGGCAGCCCCGAGGAGGUGAAGGACCUCAGCAGAACGUUGCUCAGGAAGCCGCGGCUGUGACGGGGCGGCGGCGCCCGGGGCUGGCGGGGCUGCA